GUUGCUUUGAAUUCGGAUUAAACGCGUCAUAUUUAAUUGGGUCUGUGUUGUCAGCCGAUUAACUUGCUGUCUGAAGUCAGUUCUGGCAUAAAUCUUCAAGCUGUCUAAGAUUUGAUAAUGCGUCGUAACUACAGUCUUCAACCGGAUAGAAAGAGUCGUCAGGCAAGACCAACGUCUGUUAUUGGACAAGAACAAAAUCCUGUAAAUCGUGAUGUGAAAUACAAAUCACAGAAUAACGAAUCGGUUGAAAGUUUAAUGCAAUUUUUAAUAAAUACAAACUACAACAGUCCUUCACCCGAGGCUUCAUCGACACUGAAUUCUAAAGAGAUAUUCUCAAUGUUUGAGCAUAUUGUUCGUCAAAUUGAUGAUACAUUUCGCAUUGAAGGUGGUGGGAUGAAAACAGAAGCAGUAUUUGUAAGUACUCUUAAGAAGUUUGGCUAUCCUAACCCUCUGAGUAAACUACAUCUAGUCGCACCUGGUGCUCCUCAGGCAUGGAAUUCCGUUGUAACCGCAAUGAUUUGGUUAAUAGAAGGCGUGGUGCAUGCGAAACAAUUCAGUGAAUUUGACAUUCCCGUUGCUGAAGGUGAUGGAAAUUCCAUUGAGAAAGCAACAGUCAACAAGUUUAUUCAUAAAUUGAAGUUAUCCUUGUUUAAGAGAAAACGCGGAGUCCCUAAUAUUACUGACUCUGUACUUCAGGGUCUGAAAUCAUCUAUCAGUAUAACACUGGGCGCUCCAAGUGAUGAAGAUAUGGAUAAAGCUCGUGAUCGAGCGAAUGAAAGAGACAGGGAGCUGAUGAGUUUGAAGAGUAACUGUAAUCAAGAAAAUGUGUUAAAAGGAGAAAUCGACGAAUUGAAUUCUAAGAUCCAAUUGUUGAAUGAAAAGAUGCAUAAUAUUGAACCUCAGAUAUGUAGCAUUAAGUCUAUGGAGAAUGAGUUAACGAAGAGUGUAAAAAACAUUGAGGUAGAAUUGCAAGAAAGUGAAUUGAAGUUGGCUGAAUUACGUGCAAAAUUAAAACAACAAGACGAUGCUGGCUAUGGAAAGUUGGGACAAGAGUAUCGUGUGCUGCGUGAACGUUUUGAGGCUAGAACACGUGUUAAAGAAGAGUUGUUAAAGGAAUUACAAGAAAAAGAAUUAGAUUACACUCGUCGUGAAGGUGUGAUUGCGCCAACCUUGGAUGAUUAUAAUCGUCUUGUGGGAACUUUGAGGUUACCUCAGUAUUCAGCCAUAUCUGAAAACUGUAAUUUAGAUAUAUGCACAUAUCGUAAAGGAUUUGAUGUUUCCAAAGAAAUACCCAGAUUAAUUGAAGCUGUCAAGCAUUGUACUGAUCAAUUUAAUAUGAUUAUAUCUGCUAAAGAAGAGAAAGUUCAGCAGUUGAUUGAUGAAGUAAAAACCCUUAAAGCAUCGAUUAACAAUUCUAAUUUGCCUGAUGCACAAGCCAAAUUGAUAGGACUGAAGAAUGAAUUGACUAAACUAGAUGAAUUAUUUUCAGAAAUUGAUAAUUCUGCUAAAAAGUCAGAAGAAGAAUUUAUUAAACUAUGCAGUGAGAAACAUGAACGCUUGGAAGAUUUAAAAAAACAAUUACGCGAAGAAGAAGAGCGAAAAACAGAAUUGAGUGAAAAGUUGGCUCGAAUAAUGGAAGAAAAGUUGAUGUGGGAUUCUCGCAUUGAAACAGUGAAUCAACAAUUAUCUGUCUUUGUACCGUAUAUUGAAUCUUACCUCAAAGCAAAAGAAUCAGCAGCUCGAUCUUGGCAAAUGCAGGUUCAUCUGUUACGUGAAGAAGUACAAACAACUGCUAAACACAUUGAAGAUAAAGUCAAAAGAGUUUUAGAAGAAGUUGGUGAAUAA